AUGAGUGGGUGCCCGCUCGGGUUCGGCGGGGGCCAGCCGGCCGCGCCCGCGGAGGCCCCCAGCAAGGAGAACACCGCUGUGGAGACGCAGGGCUCCGGGGGCUGCCCCCUCGGGUUUGGCGGCAGCAAGAGCUCAGGCGCCGAGGACGCGCGGAAGUCCGCCCAGGAGAGCGAGGGCGGGGAGAAGAUGCUGGGGGGGUGUCCGCUCGGGUUUACCGGGCCUAAGAAGGAGGCACCCAAGCGCCUGGGACCCCCCCCGCGGUUCCUCGUCAACGUGGGCAACACGGUCGAGGAGAUGAAGGAGAACUUCAAGGUGUUCACGGACAAGGACAACGACCCCGAGAAAGUCGAGGAUUUCAUGGUUGUCGUCGCCAACAUCGUGGCACAAGUCCCGGGCUCAGCCUCCAAGGUCACCGAAGCCGGCAUCCUCGGCCACCUCUCCGACGUCAUCGCGGGCGACCACAUCGCGAACCAAGUCCACGCGCUGCGCUGCGCGGGCGCGAUCAUCCGCCGCCUGCGCUACCCCGCGCGCGCCCUCGCGCGCGGCACCGACUCGGAGCGCAACCUCGUGCAGCGCACCGUCGCGCGCCUCGUCGGCGCCAUGUCCUACCGCGUCGCGCGGCAGACGCUCGUCCUGCUGGCCAUCAUGGCGCAGGAGCCCAGCCUCAAGCCCGAGCUCCUCAAGGCCGGCGCGGCGCCCGUGCUCCAGGUGCCGGGGAAGCGCCUGCUGAGCUGGGACAAGGAGGAGGCGGACGUGAUGGCGUGGCCGUUCGCGCCCAAGGUGGACCAGGCCGAGGACCUCGCGGCGGCGUCGCUGCAGGUGCUGCGCGAGCUGGCCUUCAUGAGCGAGGACACGGCGCGGCACCUGAUGGACAGCGGGGGGCUCCUGGAGAUGACUCAGCAGCUGCUGAUGAUGCGGAAGACGUCGUGCCACGUCAGGCGCGCGGCCGCGGAGCUGGUGGACUCGCUGUCGGUGAUGGGCACGCAGUCGGCGGUGCUCGUCGAGCGGGGGGUGUUGGAGGGGGUGUGUUCGGUCGUGGACGACUCUGCGGCCAAGCUGAGCAAGUACGGGCCUGCGGGGCGGCGGAUGGCGGCGGGCGGGCUGCUGGCGCUGGGGUCGCUGGCGACGACGCAGAAGGGGCGCGACGCGGCGGUGAAGCGCGUGCGGCUCGUCGCGAGCAUGCUGCGGUGGGAGAAGGAGCAGGGGCUGGACGGAGACAACAGCGACGACGAGGGCGAGGAGGAGAUCCGCCUGAAGGACCCCUCCUCGGGCCUUCUGAACCGCGGCAUCCACCUUCUUGGUUUCCUAUGUCAGGAUGACGAGGAAGCAACCAAGGAGGUCAUCAAGGCGGGCGUCGUGCCGCGCGUGAUGGCGUUCGUGCAGAUCCCGCCCAAGUCCGCGGAGGCGGGCACUGGUUCGAAGAAGGGGGGGAGUGAUGCGAAGCAGGCGGACACGGAGCGCGAGGCGGAGGAGUUGAUGAAUACGACCCCCCCCUGCGAGAUGCCCGGCGCGGCGGUGAACGAGGAGGUCGCGGACCAGGGCGGGCUCCGCAACCGCAAGAACCGCAAGGGCGGGAAAGCGGCGCCGGCGCACGACGCGGGGUGCCCCUGCUGUGCCGACGGCGAGGCCAAGCCUGGGGGCUCGCACAAGGCGCGCACGAGCGACCAGGAGGACGCGCGCGCGACGAACGACACCCUCGAGCACGGGUCGGCCUCGGAGAAGGACUCUGCGGCGGAGGCUGCCCUGAAAGAGGCCACGGCCGAGGUUAUCGCGCAGCAGCAGAAGAUCCGCGCGGAAGAGAAGGCGCAGACGGAGCGCGAGGAGCAGUACAAGGAGAUGCUGAGGGAGCUCGCGCGGGGCACGCAGCGGCGCGCGGCGCUGAUGUUCGCGGACGCGCUGGCGUCGACGGCGGCGGGGCGCAAGGAGUUGGUCGCCGACGCGGGGCGCGUGAAGCUGAUCGCGCUGCAGCUGUACUCGCGGGACCCGCUGGCGCGGGAGGCCGUGCUCGGCGUGCUCGUGCGGCUGUGCGAGGCCGACUCCCCGGACAUCAAGGACGCGAAGAAAGAGAAGGCCCUAGUUGGGGUUCGCAAACAGAUCAAGGACCUGAACCUGACGGAGAUGCUGGUGGCGAUCCGCGCGGGCGACGCGCCGGACGCGGCGCCGCCGGAGCAGGCGCUCGCGAAGGCGGUGCUCGCCGCCACGACGCCCAUCCUGCGCAACGCGCUGGCGGUGUCGGCGCUGCUGACGCUGCUCGGGGCGCUGCUGGCCAUGAUCGGGGAGUCGUACGGGUGCCUCUCGUUCCUGCUCGUGGCCUUCCUGCAGGACCACAUGUUCAAGGCGCACCAGUUCUUCCCGGCAACGCUGCACUUUGCCGCUGUCGCGGCCUGCCGCCUGUCGUGGAAGUACAUGACGGCGGGCAACAUGGGCACGCUGACGGCGUGCCUGACGCUCGGCUUGCUGUACGGUGUGCUGUGGGCGUCCGGCACGCUCACGAAGCGGCAGGUCCGCUCGCUGGCGCCGUAUGGGAUGGCGACGUUGGUGGUGCAGGGGUCGAUGGGGUGGCCGGUUGCCAUGGUGGCGCACAACCAGCUCUGGUUUGUCGGGGAGAUGUUCUUCGGGAUGUAG